CGCGGGGCCCCGUUAAAACGGCGGAGGCCGGAGGCGGCCGGAGGCGGCGGUGAUGGGCAGCGAGGGCGAGCGGGGCCCGGCGGCCGGCCCGGGGCAGGGCGACCCCCGGGCGCUGCGGAGGGACUGCCAGCACCGGAUCUUCGUGAACCGCAGCCUGGCGCUGGAGAAGAUCAAGUGCUUCGGCUUCGACAUGGACUACACCUUGGCCAUGUACAAGUCCCCCGACUACGAGGAGCUGGCCUUCCAGCUGCUGCUGGAGCACCUCGUCUCCAUCGGGUACCCCCACGAGAUCCUCGCCUACAAGUACGACCCCACCUUCCCCACGCGGGGGCUGGUGUUCGACGCCCUGUACGGGAACCUGCUGAAGGUGGACUCGCACGGGAACCUGCUGGUCUGCGCCCACGGCUUCCGCUUCCUCAAGGGGGCGGAAAUCCUCCACUACUACCCCAACAAGUUCAUCCAGCGGGAUGACAUGAAGCGCUUCCACAUCCUCAACACCCUCUUCAACCUCACGGAGACCUACCUCUACGCCUGCCUCGUGGACUUCUUCACCAACUGCUCCAGAUACAUCAACUGCGACACCGGCUACAAGCACGGGAACCUCUUCAUGUCCUUCCGCAGCAUGUUCCAGGACGUGCGCGAGGCCAUGGACCAAGUCCACCUCUCGGGCUGCCUGAAGGAGAAGACGCUGGAGAACCUGGAGAAAUACGUGGUGAAAGACCCCCGCGUGCCCCUGCUGCUGAGCCGCAUGAAGGAAGUGGGGAAGGUCUUCCUGGCCACCAACAGCGACUACAACUACACCGAUGCCAUCAUGUCCUACCUGUUUGACUUCAGUGACGGGGACAAGGCCGAGACCCCGCAGCGCCCCUGGCGCUCCUACUUCGACCUCAUCGUGGUGGACACCCGCAAGCCGCUCUUCUUCGCCGAGGGCACCGUCCUGCGCCAAGUCAACACGGACACGGGGAAGCUGCGCAUCGGGACGUACACCGGCCCCCUCCAGCACUGCACCGUCUACUCCGGUGGCUCCUCGGACGUGGUGUGCGACCUGCUGGGCGUGAAGGGCAAAGACAUCCUGUACAUGGGGGACCACAUCUUCGGGGACAUCCUCAAGUCCAAGAAGCGGCAGGGCUGGCGCACCUUCCUGGUGGUGCCCGAGCUGGCCCGCGAGCUGCAGGUGUGGACGGAGAAGAGCGAGCUGUUUGAGGAGCUGCGCAGCCUGGACCUCUUCCUGGCAGAGCUGUACCAGCACUUGGACAGCGGCAGCAGCGAGCGCCCGGACAUCAGCUCCAUCAAGCGUCGGAUCCAGAAAGUCACGCACGAGAUGGACAUGUGCUACGGGAAGAUGGGCAGCCUCUUCCGCUGCGGCUCGCGCCAGACCCUCUUCGCCAACCAGCUGAUGCGCUACGCGGACCUCUACGCCGCCUCCUUCGUCAACUUCCUCUACUAUCCCUUCAGCUAUCUCUUCCGGGCACCCUCCGUCCUGAUGGCCCACGAGUCGACGGUGGAGCACGGCCCUGUGGACGCCGGGGAGGUGGGCAAGUCCUGGUGCUGCAGCUGGCCCUGCACCGGCACCCUGAUGACAGUUGGGUCCUGUGCCCACUGAGCCCCCCCCCCCCCCCCCCCCCCCUGUCUCAGGUCACAGGGGUCCCCCAGGACUCCAGCGGGGAGGAAGAGGAGGAGGAGGAAGAGGAUGGCGAGGCCUGAGCCCGCAGCAGCACCGCUGGCUGCCGAUCCGGUGGGUGCCAGCCCCCCGAGGGCAUUCAGUGAGCCUGGAGGACCAAAGCUGCCUGCAGGACAAUCGGUGGCCCCGUCCUGUCCCCGCACAGCGGUGCCCUUCUCCUCUCUUCUGUUUUCACCCUUUAUUUAUAAAAGGUUCUUUAACUCCUG